CACUAGGUGAAAUACGAUCGACCAAUGAAGACCGUUGGUGCGAUAUUUGAAAAAUAUUCAGAUCAAAGCAAUGGAUAGUGCAAGUCGAAUACCUAGUAAAUUAAGACCCCCUCAGUCUGUAGCUUUGAAACGUCAUGUUCAGAAAGAAAAUAUUCCAUUAGGAAAUAAAAAAGGGCGAUAUGAGUUAACUUCCUCAAAUGGAUCAAAUCUAUCUCAAAUUUGUCGUUCCAAUUCAGUUUUAUCUCUUAAUAAAGUUGGAAAAAAUUCACUUCCUGCAACUACUGGGAAAAACUUUACUGGACGACUUACUAAUAUUCCAUCAGUGAGUAAAGAUGAAAAAAUUCAGAAAAACAAAGUUACUAAACAGAAAAGGCCAGCUUGGGAUCUGAAAGGACGUAUUCAAGAUAUGGAAGAAGAGUUUGUUCGAUCAAGAAGAUCAAAUCAACAGUUACAUGAUCAGUUAGAAUUAACUAAUGAAAGAGUGGCAUUUUUAGAACAAAUUAAUACGAGACUUAAUGAAGAUGUUGCUAGCAAAACAGCGCAAUCUGAAGAAGCUUCUCAAACAGUAGAGAAUCUUAAAAGCACAUUAAAGGAAAAAGAUGAAGAAUUGGUUAAAAUAUCAAACAAAUUAAAAGAAGAAAUAGAAGAAUUAAAAAUGAUUAAAGCAAAAUUAGAAAAUAAAUUAAAAUCCUUAGAAGAAGAAUUAAAUAAUUCUCAAAAUGAAUCUCGUAGUUUAAGAAAUACAGUUAUUGAAUUGACAACAUCACAAGUUGGUCUUAAUGCCCAAUUGGAAGUUUCUAAAUCAUUGUUAAAUGAAGAGAAAGAAAAGACUAAAAUUGCACAAGAAGAAAUUGAGCACUUACAUAAAAUCCUUCAAGAUCAAAAUAAUCAUAUAGCAUCUCUUGAAGUUAAGAUUCGUGAAGAUGAAAUGACAAGACGAAUAAUGCAUAAUGCAAUUCAGGAAUUAAAGGGAAAUAUAAGAGUAUUUUGCAGAGUGAGACCUUUAUUGAAUGCAGAAAAACAUUUUGGAAUGGAACAUAUUGCUUUUCCUGAUUCAGAUCAACAUUCUAUUGAAUUAAUUCGGAAUACAAAUAUUAACUUGAGUGAGAGUUUAGCUCAUGGAAAAACCAAACCAGGGAUUAAAAUAAAGUUUACAUUUGAUCGAAUAUUUGAACCAUCAUCAUCUCAAGCUGAAAUAUUUAAUGAAGUUUCACAAUUAAUUCAAUCUGUGCUGGAUGGAUACAAUGUCUGUAUUUUUGCAUAUGGACAGACUGGAUCAGGAAAGACAUACACUAUGGAAGGCCCAGAAGAUAUUAUUGAUUUUAAUAUUGAAUCUGAAAAUGAACUUGGUAUAAUUCCUAGAACUAUUCAUCAAAUAUUUGAUUCUGUUCAAGACUUGAAAGAAAAAGGUUGGAAGUAUGAACUGGAAGCUUCAUUUUUAGAAAUUUAUAAUGAAACCAUUAGAGAUUUGUUGUCAAUUCAUACAGAUAACAAAUGUGAAAUUAAAGCUUUAGGAUCAAAAGGAAAAGAUAUACAUGUGACAAACCUUACUUUGGUGAAAGUUACAUCUGAAGAAGUGAUUCAAACUUUAUUAAAAAGAGCUCAUAAGAAUCGAUCAGUUGCAUCUACACAAUGUAAUGAACAUUCUUCUCGUUCCCAUUCAGUCUUUCGAUUAAAAUUAAAUGGAUAUAAUGAAAUUACAAAAGAAGAAUGUGAAGGAAUGUUAAACUUAGUUGAUCUAGCGGGUAGUGAACGUCUGAAGGAGUCACACUCUGAAGGGAAUCGUCUCCUAGAAACAAAAAAUAUCAAUAAAUCAUUAUCAAAUCUUGGUAAUGUUAUUAUGGCCUUGGCUCAAAAGGCUGAUUAUAUUCCAUACAGAAAUAGUAAACUUACUCAUUUAUUGAUGAACAGCUUAGGUGGAAACAGCAAAACUUUAAUGUUUGUAAAUGUUUCACCUUUGGAAGAACAUAUAAAUGAAACUAUCAAUUCUUUACGAUUUGCAACAAAGGUAAAUCAAUGUCAAAUAGGUACUGCUCAGAAGUCUGUGAAGUAACUGAAUUUUAGGAUUUUAUUUCAUUUAUAUAUCAGCAUUUCUUAUGUGAUGAUAUUAACAUACAAAAAAUUGUAAUAUUUUUGUAUGUCAUUAUAAAAAAAUAUUUCUUGUUUUACAGGUUAAAAAAUAAAUAUGAAUGAUGUAUUACAAAUUAACUUCUGAAUAAAAAUUAACUAUUUAAUUUUAUAUUUAUAAUCAUAGAAUGUUUGUUUUCAAUCUUGACUAAUUGCUUUGUGAUAUUGAUAAUUUGCUUGCUUGCUCUAUAAAAAUUUUUUCCCUUGUAAAUAAUGCAUUUUAUUUUUAUUUUAUAAUGUAUAUAAUUUUUUAUAAUUGAAUUU